GUCAAAUUGAAAUUGAAACUGUUUUGCCAGUCAGACAUUUCCAUUCAAUCAGAAUCAGAAUGGCAGAAAUCGAGUGGCCGUGGCAAUACAGUUUCCCUCCGUUUUUUACUCUCCAACCACAUUCAGAUACUAGAGCUAAACAAAUAGCAGCAUGGAAGGGAUUAAUAUUAGAAUAUUACCGUGUGACAAAGCAGUCCACUAUAGAUAUUCGAGAAAUACACUCGAGUCCAUUGUUCAAUAAUGCUGCAAUUAAUCGAAAAUUACCUUCCGAAGUUAUAUCAUUAGUGUUAGAAGAAUUAGCAAAGUCUGGAAAUGCCAGUCCAUUAGAUAAAAAUAAACAAAGAUGGCUGGUUUAUUGGCAUACUUUAGAAGAAUGGGGCGAGAUGAUUUAUAAUUGGGCACAAGAUAAAGGAUUCUCCGGAUCUGUGUGUACUUUGUUUGAAUUAACACAAGGAGAAGAUACAGCGGAUCAAGAAUUUCAUGGGCUGGAUACGGAAGUAUUAAUUAGAGCACUCAAGACUUUAGAAACAAACAAAAAAGCCGAAUUAAUUUUAUUUGAUGAUAAUCAAGGUGUAAAAUUCUUAUGUAGAAACAGUGUUGAAAAUAAUGUUUUAUACUUGCUGUACUCAAUAAAUAUGUGGAAUGUUUUAACAUUACAAGUUAUAUUGUAUUCUGAUCUCACAUAUGAGAACAUAAGAAUAACUGUCAUAAAUAUCAUAACAAUAGCAAACAAAAACAAUGUAUUUAAUACAUUCAUGAGAAGUCGAA